CGAUUGCUAAGCUUUUUUCACCAACCACAAUCAGUUUAUUAGUUACUUCACCCACGUCACAGACAAAAGGCCAAGGAAAUGUCAUUGUAUUUGUAUUUAGUAGAGACUGGCUUGUAGCAGUGUCACCGCUGAAAUAUCAGCAAACCUUACUCUUGAUUGUGCCAUAUCCAUUCGAAACCUGGGUAGUCGGUUGACACAUAAACAUACACACACAGGAGAGAGGCAGCUUGCAAUGAAGUGUCGCGGAUACUUCUUGUUUACAUCGCUUGUGACUGUUCUAUCGUUUGGCCACAUAUUAAGUUUGUUGGCGACGCCGGCAGGAUUUCGCUGGUGUUGUAUUUCAGAAGCGGAAGUUUCUAAAUGUUUACACUUAGCGAAUGUGACAUCACAUCAGAUCGCCCGGUUCGCAAGGGUGACAUGUAUCCAUGGAAGCAACGUGACAAAUUGUAUUAACAUGGUUGGCUCUGGAAAUGCCGAUUUCAUCACCCUUGGAGAGAAGAAUAUUUAUCAGGCUGGUUCUAAACAUGGUCUUGUACCAGUGGUAGCAGAGGACUACGGCAAACACGAAGAAGGUCUGGAAAGCUAUUCUGUUGCUCUUAUUCAAAGCAAUCUGUCGGAUGGUGCAACAAUAAAUUCGCUAAAGGACAGGAAAUCUUGCCACCCAGCGGCGGGGGACGCGGUCGGGUGGACAGCACCUGUUGGACUACUGAUUGGAAGAGGAGUGAUUCAGUGGGAUGGUUGUAAUCCUUACCAGUCCUCUGGGGAGUAUUUUGAUCAAAGUUGCGUGCCAGGAGCUCUCUCGACUGAAUACAACCCACAAAACAGCAAUCCCACGAGUCUGUGUGCAAUUUGUACCAAUCAGAAGACUUGUCCACGAAAUGUUUCCGAAAGGUACUUUGGUUAUCAUGGGGCAUACCGCUGCCUGACAGAAGGCCCUGGGGAUGUAGCUUUUGUCAGCCAUCUUACAGUAUUCGAACUCACUGGAGUGGAAAAUGAUUUUAAUCCAGGGAGAGAUUUUAAAUUGCUUUGCCUAGACGGAACUCGAACAGAUGUUGGAGCCUUUCAACAAUGUAACCUGGCCAGGAUUCCUUCUCGGGUCGUCAUGACAAGGCCCGGGAGUAUGGUAAAGAGUUUAAAACAGUGGCUUCUUCGCUUAGAUGAAUAUUGUCGGACAAACCCCCACUUUUUCCAAAUGUUUAAUUCUUCCACGUAUGGUGGUAAAGACUUAUUAUUUGCCGACUCCACGGUCAAGCUCAUAGAUGUGAAAGAAAAGAACACAACCCAAGCUUGGCUUGGUGAGAAGUACUAUUUUGCGCUUCAGUCACUCAGCUCCUGCCCAGAGGUACUUGCGGUAUCUAGAUCACUUACGGUCAGACUCAAACCAAGAGGGACUGGGAAGUUUAUAUCAAUUGAGUUCAUCAUUGUAGUCCUUACUCUUUAUUGCUGCCUGACAUAGGACCAAGCGGAAAUGCUAACACCCGGUGGCAUGGUUUAAAGGGGUCCUGGUGUAAAUAUCGACAGCGGAAUCUAGUCACAGCUGGUGUUGACGUGUAAGUGCAUCUCUAAGCUCUAGCAAAAGAUGGUUCAUCCAGCAUACCGUACAUUAAACGGGAUCGGUCAAUUAUUAGAUCAACCUUACUGUCGGAGACAUUUUUCUCGCACUUGUAACAGAGAAUCGUUCGGCUCUUUAAACGCCGACUAACUCCUUUAAUUUUACAGUUCUUUGAAUUAAAUCGGUUUUGAAUAAUCUAUAUUUGUUCAAAAACGCACAGAUGAAUCGGGGCACUGAACAAAAUUGAGGAGGGGAGAAGCAAUCCUGAUUAUCUUCAGAUUACACUGAAAUACUUCCUAGUAACAAGAUGUCUUCUGAGACUAAACGUAAUUAACUACAAACUGGUUAAAAUAACGGAAAAUGCAACUGAAGGAAAAGUGGAAAAACAAGAAUGAAAGGUAUAACAAAGAAUGAAUGAGUAAAUAUGUACAUGAACAAACGAGAAAACGAAGGAAUGAAUGAAUGAAAGAGUUGACGAACUAACGAAAGAUUUCAUGAGCAAAUGAACGUACGACUUAACUAUUCAAUUACACCAAAAGCCUACACCAGAGAACAAUUAAAAAAUUGUAAUGGCUUACAACAUUAGCUUACUACUGAAUAAAGAGUACA